CAUCAUCAUCUCCUCGCAGGUUGUUGCAUCCUCCUGAGGGACCGUCGGCGCUCUUCACAGCCUGCACACUACAUACCGGUCUCUGAUUCGCAAUCUGGGUAAUGCCACUCAUUCAUUUGUGAGCUUGGAUGUGUUAUAUUGUCUCUCACAGCAUACACGCGGCUGUUCGCAGGGAUACUACGGAAUUACAGCCGCAACAAUGAUGAUGUGACAGCCAUCCGUUCAGACAGAUAAUAAAAGCUCGCUGUGCAGUGGACGCUGCAUUUCUGCUAACGAAGCAAAGCCUCAGACGAGCCUUUCCCAGAUGAACAGAUACAGUAGUGUUCACUACUGACAAGCAUCAGUCAUUUGGAAUAAUACACUGCAAGCUGCAUUACAAACAUUCUGGGAGGAGGAGAAACGGUUUAAGAAAGUGUACCGUUGAGUGUCUGCAACCCAUGAGCCGUGUGUCAGGACAAGCAGCAGUUCAAACUCUCUGUGGCCUGUCGUCCUCUCUGCUUUCUUCUAAUGGUUUGAUGGAGAUCUGGUCGGAUGACAGCUGGAACUGUUGUCAUAACCGGAGGAAUUCUCGCAACAGUGAUACUUCUGUGUAUCAUUGCAGUGCUUUGUUACUGUAGACUCCAGUAUUACUGCUGUAAGAGGAAUGAGUCAGAAGGGGAGGCGGGCUCGGUCGGAGAUUCUCAGCCACAGUUCGCCUGCAACGCAUGCAGCGCUCCGGGAGUGGACGGGGCGGCCGUCACACCUCUCUCGCUGCCCUAUGACCCCGCUCCGCCUCACAGCUACUGCCCGACUUGCUCACCCUACUACCUCCGUGGCACGGAUGAGAUGCGGAACGGCGGCGAACGCCUGUCCUACAUGCCCACUCACUACGAGAACCAUGGUGCCACUGCCCUUGGUCUGGCCGCCAUGUACGGCCCCGUGCUGAGCCAUCGCAGUACGCUGGACUUUUACACCAAUACACGAGCCAUCAGCACUGACGUCUGACCCUCACAGACCCGGAGAUGGACCCAGGGACAGAGCCGCUCUGUGGACCAGAGCAACUGGGGCAGUUACAUCUCCCCGCUCCAAGAGUUAAAAAGACCUACGGGAUACCAUGUUAUUCUUCCACACGGGUCUAAGGCCAUCUUUAGUCUUCCAUUGUCUUUUGUUUUACCUGCUGUUUACCUCUUCUUAUUGCACAUCCCUUCCUUUUGUGAUUUGAGGGCCGUGUGUUAUGACAUGAAGUGUUUUUGGCCUUUUUAAUGUAAGUUUUAAAGGUUAAAUGCAAAUAGGGUGUUUUAUUUAUCUGGAAAAGUCAGAUAAAGCAUAUAUUAUAGUCAGAAAAUCAAGUAUUUUGUUGUUUAUCGUGACAUAAAAGGCAAACAUUCCACACAAAUUUUUAAUAGCUUUAAAAAAAAGUAUAUUUGUUGAAAAGAGCAUGACAUUCAGCUUUAUCUUAAUAUCCCCGAUAUACUGAAUCUUUGUCUUUGAAAAACGUAUUUUAGGAUGAGGAAUUAACCAAAAUGUGAUUGUCUUCAUGUGUGUUGAACUGUUGGGAAAAUGUUAAAUGAAUAACUGAUGAUGAUUAUAUUGGUCAGUUUAUAUUUGAAUAUGUGUCACAAUAACUAAAAUUCACAAUGGCACAGAGUGUUGACAGUUGUUGAGUUAUCAUAAUACUGAGGUUGAAUUUGAAUUGUUAAUUCUCACUUUUUUUUGUCCAUAUCCACUACAAUACUACAGUUAAGAGCUUUUUAAAGUAGCAUUGCAGAAAUCUCCGAUGGCAUAUAAUUUUCAAAUUUAUAUGCAGCAUUUUCAAAAAAUCUUCUGAGGCACUGAGAGGAAAUGACUGGAAAAUAUUGAAAACAUUUCAUUAUCUUGUCCCUGUUUGUAUGAUAUUAUGGCAGUGGAAAUGAUACUUAUAUGAACGAUAGUUUCCUUGUCUUUGCAAAUGUGUUUAUGUAAAUUAUUAUAUUUUCUCACAUACUUGUUUCAGUAGCCAUUGGUUUAUGAAUUGUGCAUUCCGAUGUCUGUGUUCACUCUCUCUGAAGCACUCUUUGUUUGUAACUGGAUCACAUUACAAAUCACAGGAUGGCACAGGAUAUUUUACAUGUGAAUACUUUUUGGCAAAAAUAGGGAAAAAAAUGUAAGUAUAUCAGUCUAUGGUUUAAAAUGCUGAGGGGAAAAAAAGA